AUGGGAAAGAUAACGAAGACCAUACAAGCUAAGCACAAGGAGACUCUGUCUCCGUGGCUGCAGGAGUUCGUCGAUGCUGCGACUUCAGCGCCCGCACCCCUCUUACCCAAAGUCCUCGCCACAUUCCCCUCACGAUGGCCGUUCCCGAGGGGUGACCUGUAUCAUUGGAUACCCUUGUUGAACCGAUUCGACGCGCUUCUGGAGUCGUUUUGCUCUACAUACAAGCUGAAUGAAGGCCCCCAAACUAGAGAUUUCGGCUGCGAAGUUCUUCGCGGAUCAAACUCCGCCAGCGAUGGCGGGGGACAGCCAAGCGAGCCGGAAAACCUUUCGGAGACGGGCUACAGCAAUGAUGGUGAUGUCUACCUCAUCGUGGCCAUUCUGAAAUUCACUCAGAUGCUGCUGGACCACUGUGGAAAUCGUAGUAUAUACGCCAGCAGCUCUCAUUUGAAUGAUCUUCUGAACAGCACCGACUUCACCAUAAUCUGUGCGACUUUACGUGUUGGGGUGGAGCUGGCUCAGCGUUAUCAGGCCUCCGUUAAGCGCAUUCACGGCAUGGCAACGAGACAGGUGCACACAACUCUGCUAUCAAACCACUAUAACAUUGAUCUCGAUCGCGUGCAGCAGCUCGCUCAGCCCUUCGUUAAGACACCUAUUCUGAAACCCUCGGAACAUACGCCUCUCACCACUCCGGGUUCCGCCAACAAGGGCAAAGAAAAAAGCCAUAGUGGAAGCCCGAAGAACGUAGCGACUAUGUACGCAAAUGAUCUAUGUGCGCUCGCUAAGGCGGAUACUGCCGAGAACUCGGGCUCCCAGACGCGCUGGAACGGCUGGGGCGAUGUGAAGCUUACAUAUUACCCAACGCCAGACGACACACAAGGGUCAACGCAGCAGCCGUUUCUACAUGAUCGGGGUGCUUCGAAUGUACCUGCAACACCGACUCCUUUGCGGCGAAGUAGCACCUCUACUGCGACACAAUCCACACCGCGUGCGAGUCGUCAGGGUGUAUCGGAAGAUAGUCCCGUCUCGACCUCCCGAUUUUCGGUUGCGGGCAGGGAUGAAGGAAGCCUCCCUGGCCAGAAGACUCUGGAAAUAUCACAUGUUGCGGUCGGCUCAACAUCGAUCUACGAACUUCUUGCCAGAAUGCCAGUGGAUCUCGCGAAAGAAUCCAAGUACGAAUUGCUCAAUCGUCUUCGGGUUGCGAAAGCCCUCACGGGGUCGAUCGAAUCCCGACGACAAGCACUAAAGGCUCGCCUGUUGGCUAUACAAAACCUGGCGUACAUCCACAUUGAGCCUACUUUCAUCGAAAAGCUUGUUUACCAGCUCGCGGAGCUGAUCCACCCUGCCGCCGACGGUGCUAUGGUAGUGCCUAUCGAUUUACAGUCAAUCGCCACGUCAUUGCUUGAGGCUAUCGCGAGUUUCCAGCACAAGCUGCCCGACAUUUUCUCGGCGUUGAAUGCGACAGUGAAUCACGGCGUGCUGCUCUAUGUGAUCAGGAAGGCGCAAUGGACCGAAGAAGACGAAUGGCGGGAUAGCCUCUUUUCUCUGACGCUUCAUAUUACGAUGGCCAUGGCCAAUAAUACGUCACGCAAUCUGCCCGAAAUCAUUUCUGCCGGGUUGCUGGACAUCAUGGUCGAGAUCCUUAACUUGAGGUCUAACAUAGCUGAACGUACUUAUGGUACUUUGGUGGGGUUUCUAGAUACACUAGUCAAUGCGGACGGUCUAGAAGCUAUCACCAACCUGGUUACCUACGAGGGAAGAGGGACGCUCGCAGCUCACCGCUCUCAGCAGCAGAACCUCAAGUUCCUCUUGAAGUUCAUCCAUCAUCUCAUGACAAAUGCGUUCGCCUUCGGCGGUAAUACUGAUCGGUUGCUGAGGAACCUGGUUGACAAGUCUGCACUGCUCCGCAGCAUACGCGAGAUCAUUGAGAAUAUGGCUAAAUUUGGCUCCUUAGUCUGGACUAACGCCGUCACCAUCCUGACAAUAUCGGAAUCCGGGCUGAUUCAAAGCUACCUCGAGGCCCUGACGGGCCGUCCAGUCGGCGGCGAGAAUCGGGAUGACAACUCCGAGUCGCCUACCGAUGACUCUGCGCCGGACCUUCUUGAGCCUGACAACCGCCCGCAUCCUCCAUCGCCGGAGAUGUUGGAGGCGCCACGUGACGGUCCGCUGGCUCGCGGCAUUUUACCAUCGACGGACCCUAUCACAAUAGUACCUACUGUUCUGAAUGCCAUCUGCUUAAACAAUCUAGGUAUGAAGAUGGUCAUUUUCGAGAGCCCUGAGCACGUCAGGGUAAUGGCCGCCGACGAGAACCUUGCACGCCACCACCCAUCUUUGAGGCCGGCCAUUGCCAACGCCGUGCUGGACAUGGUUGCUCGAGUCACCCAUCUGGCUCGCCUUCUCGUCAACGAUUCAAAGGAACCCCAAGUAGUUCCUGAUAAGGGCAAGGGCAAGGCCCUCGCAACUAUUGACGAUACUGACGGAGAAGAUGGCGAACUCUCAUUUCGCGUUGCCACGGCAGAUACUUCAUCUAUCACCCCUUAUAUUUUUGCGGUUUCCAACUUCUUGGCCCAUUACGUCGGAAAUUCGAACCUGAAAAUCAACUUGAUCAACAGUGGCGGUAUAGAAUUGUUGCUGGACCUCAGCACGGCGCCCAGCUUGCCGCAUGACUUCGGAGAUACUGUAGCAUCUCGAAAUUUGCAAUCGGUCGUCUCGCAGCUUGUCGAGACUACCCCGAUAAUCGGAUUACCCUCCCUACUCAAACGAACGCAGGCUGCCAUUGAUGUGCUUAAUCCCGUCACGCAAGCUCAAGAUACUGGAUCUUAUUUCUUGCCCUUCCUCAGGCCCGAUAUAGACCGGGCAGACCGGGCAGAAGAAGAUGUUGCCGAGCGGCUUUCUCGUGGGACCGACCUAGCAAAGGCUCUCCUAAACACGCAGUCGCUCAUCAAGACUCUCUACCAGUGUUUCCCCUUUUCCUCACGGGCGCAGACCGUAACUCACCUGAUCAAGUCCUUGGGGCCGCUCCUGCGCGCUGUGAUCUUGGAAGAGGCAGCUAUUUCUAAUGGUGUUCCUGAGAAUUGGUCGGCGAGGAGGCCGGGUCAGUCUCUGGAUUGGCAAAAUCCGCCGAACAACCCUUCUACGUCUGGUAAUGGGAAUCCUGCUCAUUCCGAGACCGAGGAUUCGAGCUUGCCAGAUGUUCUAUCAUCUGCUACAUUAUGGAAACUCGCAACGGCUAAAGAUGGCGGUGCCAACGAUGGCCCUUCGAAGAGCGAGCAAUCAAGUCCUCGGUAUCAAAACUACAGGACUCUCCGACUCCUUCUACAUUCGUUGAUGCCUGCUACAUUUCCGCUUUUCCAGACCCUUGGGAAGUCCCUGUUGCCUCGGCGCGAACGCGAUCAGUAUUUACGGGUGCAUCAUCUGCAAUUAGCCGAGGAUCUAGCCCAGACCAUCCUGGAGCAAUUCGAAUUGCCUGACCGUGAGAAGUCCAUCCACGAGAUGCUGGUGAAUCGUACGAUCGAAACUCGUGACCGACAAUCGCCAUCCCAAAUCAUAGCACCCGUCUUGAUCGCCUUCAAGAAGUAUGGUGGCCUCGAAUUGCUCAAUGCUAUGUUGCGGACCUUCAAGCAUGAGAUUUGCAAGGAGCACAAAGAUGGGGAGGAGGAGUCUAUGUCACGUCUUGCGGUCAUCGGCAUGAAGAAGAUCUUGGAUUUGUACUCGAUGAUAAUUAACGGCAAGACAAUCACUGACUCCGUGGGCCAAAUUAAUAUCCUCCCCCGAAAUAUGGGCAGCAGCGAUCGACGGGCCGAUGGACAGGUUGCUCCGAACUUGAUUGUUGAGUUACGAAUGGCUGUUCUGCCAGUGCUGAGGGAACUUUGGGAUUCCCCCUUAGUUGAGAAAGGCUCAGCUCACAUUCUUGCAAAGAUUAUUAGCAUAUUGAAGUCCAUAUCCCAGACUGAAUUGGAAGCCACUGGCUAUCGGAGAUCCGACAAGACUCUGCCCCCUGCGUAUUUGCAACCGACGCCUCUCCGCUUCUCUUGGUCGAAUAUAUCGGAGGAUACAAGAGAGGUUGUGAAUGAGUGUGCUUGUUCGGAAGAUCUUGCCCAAGAGGGUAUUUACAGGGCCAACGGCAACCGAGCACUGGCCUAUGAGUAUUGCAAAGCGCAUAAAUCUAGCCCUGAUUUGCCAGAUAAUGCAGAGAACGAACCUGCCCCUCCGACAGAGCACAGUACGCACAUGCGCCAUGACUUGGCUCCGGGCAUGCUGCUUGAAGAAGAUAUCCUAGGUGAAUUAAGGGAAGCUGCAGCAUUGUCGAAUGAUAACGAUCGGGAUACGCCUAUCCCUCCUCUGAUCCCGCGGAAUGAAAAUGGUGCGACAUCUUCAUCAACCACCCCUGCCCAGGACUCUUCGGCUGGAGCGACUAGAGAAGAUCUGGACGAAGAACGCAAUCGCUUGCGAUCAAAUCUUAUCGAGAGAUGCCUGGACGUUGUAAGAGCACAUCCGGAUUCUACCCAUGAGGUUUCGGAGUUGAUCUCUGGCGUUCUACGAACAAGCGAUACCUUAACAAAUGCUUUGAUGUCAUUUGCAGAAAACGAAGAACUGGAAGUCAACGGACGAAGCAUUGCAGCUUAUGCACAUCUAUUGUCUCUGCUUCUCCAGGAGAGAGGCUUUUUCCGAGCGACCGUCAACAGCCUCAGGGACAACGUUAAAGAGCUUCUGCAAUUUCUCCAAAACUCAACUUCAGCAUCGACCGAUGAACACACCCCUUGGACGCCUUACAUUCUACUCAUAUUUGAGAUCCUUUUGGGCGAUGAUGAACAACCAGGAGAGAUCAGGUGGAAAUCCCCGGCAUCCGAGAACGAUCCAAUAGAACCGUUGCAAUGGUCUACCAAAGAUCUCAAUGCGGUAUUACACAUCUUACCACGAAUCGGUAAAGAAGAAUCAUUGGCGGUAUCCGUUCUCCGAAUCCUCGUCAUCCUUACCCGUGAUCGUUCUAUUGCCCGACAGGUUGGUGACAAGAAGAACCUUCAGGGUCUGUUUGUCACUGCCAAACAGCUGUCUGGCGCUGGGUCCUCUCGACUAAGCGAAACUCGCAUUGCUUCUCAUAUCCUCACUAUACUCAGGCACAUCAUCGAAGAUGAAGAGGUCAUCAAGCAGAUGAUGAGAAGCGAGAUCCAAACGUAUUUUGAUGGUAGUCGAAAUGGACGUCCUCUCGAGCCGGCGAAUUUCACAAGGACUUUCUCUCAUAUUGCUCUUCGAGACCCGGCCUUGUUUAUUGAGGUCUGCAACGAGACUAGCAACCUUGGACAUGCUCCAAAGGACGACGUCGCACCAGCCGUUCGAGCCACCGAGGACUUUGAGGAUAAGCUGAUGGCGGAUACUUCUAAGCCCUUGUCUCAAGAUAGUAAGCGACCCGUGCUCGAGAACCCGGAUGGUGUCGAAGUCGACGAUAAGGAGGUACCCCAAACUACUCCUACUGGCGCAUCUGAAGCCGACAAUCGCACAGCAGAGGGUAGAGAAAAGAAAAACAAACCGUCUUUUAAGGCAGAAGAGCAUCCAAUCUUCAUCUAUCGUUGCUUCCUCUUGCACUGUCUCACGGAGCUCCUGCAAAGCUAUAAUCGCACCAAAGUUGAAUUUAUCAACUUCAAGAGAGGCGCGCCACUCUUCGCCAACACCCCGGUGAAACCCCGAUCUAGUGUUCUCAACUAUCUUCUCAACGAUCUCCUAUAUCCAAGCCAUAUGGACGGUACGUCGGAUACGAUUGCGCACAAGAAGAGAUAUGCCACAUCUGUCCAGGCGCAGAACCUACUGGUGGCUCUUGUGGGCAGGACAGGAGAAAAGCCCAUAGAACGGAAUCGAGACAAGUACGACUACGAAGACGAGCCGGAUUUGUUAUUUGUGCGAAAGUUCGUGCUGGAUACGAUUUUAAGAUCGUACAAAGAUGCCGCAACAUCUAGUGAGCCAUUCGAUAAUAGAUAUUCGAGGAUGCUUGCCCUGUCGGAGAUAAUGCAUCUCAUGAUGGGUGACAAAGACAAGGAUGCUCCCAUGCCUGCCCGAGGUGGCCAUGAUUCCCUCGAGCGAUCGCAAGCUCAGAUUCGACGCCUUAUGUACGAAAAGGGUUAUCUCGCCGCUCUCACCUCCUCUAUCGCCGACAUUGACCUGGCCUUUCCGCCUGUGAAACGAACUAUUAAGUACAUCCUUCGCGUACUCCGCAUCUUAACUAGUACCGCCAUCUACCUUAGCCAUUCUAAUAUUAUCCCCGCCAUCCCAACCCAGGGUAGUGUUGAUGAGGAGGUCAUUUCGGCAAGCUCCCUGUCGGACAUCGAUGAUGACCGAGAAGAGACCCCAGAUCUUUAUCGCAACUCGGCUCUAGGCAUGUUGGAACCUGGCAGAGACAGAGAAGGCGACUAUUCGGAAGAGUCUGAGGAUGACGAUGAUGAAGAGAUGUAUGACGACGAAUACGAUGAUGAUAUGGGAUAUGAGUCUGAAGAUCGCGAAGAAGAUGUCAGCGAAAGAGACGAAGAUGAUGAACUUCAGGGAAUGGGCCCUAUCGAAGGAUUAUCCGGAGACCAUGGCGUCAUCGAAGUCACAAUGGGAGAUGAGGACGAAGAUGACGACGACAUGGAUGAAGACGAUGAAGAUGACGGUAGUGAAGAUGAAAUCGAUUCCGACGAUAUCGACGAAGUGGAGGACCGAAUCGAAAUCGUCGACGACGAAGGCAACCCACUUGAGGAUGACGGAGUAUCAGGCUGGGAAAGCGAGACAGAUGGUGAUGAGGCAGAGGAAGAUGAAGACGAAGAAGGAGAGGAGGUAGAUUAUGACGCAGAAGCUCAGGAUCUUCAAGAUGCUGCUGGCAUGCGUGACCUAGAUGAUGUUGACGGACUAGGUCGGUUUGGGAAUAUCAUGCGGGCAAUUGAGGAAGAGGACUUUGAGCACCCCGAAGACCUGAACGCUCUCAACGACCGCUACAUGGAAGAUGAGGAAGAAGAAGAAGAUGAGGAUGAAGAAGACGACAUGGAUGAUGAAUAUGCAUACGAAGAUGACUUUCCUAAUGAUGCCCCGCCUCGGGAUGUUGGGGCACCAAGUCUCGGCUGGGAUACUCUUGUUGUUGAACCUCAUGGGACCAUACUAGGCCACCAUCAUCGGCAUCGGCACGGUACCCGCAGUCCAUUCCCACCCAUUCCAUUCAUGAUGGGAACACGAGAUUCUAUGAAUCAUUUUGGCGAUCCACGCGGAUUUUCCCGCAGUGGUCGGCAUGACCAGCGGCCCGUUGUCAAUGAAGAUGGCCUAAAUCCUUUGCUUCGACGGGGCAACGAUGCCGCUAGAGAAGGGUCUCCCCGUCCUUCACACCUCGGUGGUCUAGUUCGACUGGGGUUUCCUGGAGGUCUAUUUGGUGGCGCUAAUAUCGAUAGUCCAAUGUCAUUCAUAAAUGACCUCGUCGCAUCGCUUCCGGCCUCACUGAGUCGUAAUGCGCAUGCCUUACACUUUCAGAUAACGCAUAGCCCACGCGAAGGUGGCCAUGAUAUGCUCUUUCCAUUCGGCCCACACUUGCGCGAAUCUCGUUCCGACAGCCGCAGGGAUGCGUACCAAGAGCCCACACAGGCAGCCUCUUUUUCAACGGAGUCCACCGUAACUCGAUGGACGGAGGAAGUCAAGAUGAUAUUUGGCGUACAACAUUCAGAGAAAUCUCAGCGUCUUGUCCCGGCGAUUCUCUCAUACCUUGUGCCACCUGCUAUCCAGCGCGAAAAGGAGCUCAAGGCUAAAGAAGCGGAACGUCAGAGGCAGCAGGAGGAGGAACGGAAGAAACGCGAGGAGGAAGAACGGAAGGCGAGGGAGGCCAAAGAAGCUGAGGAAAAGGCCGCCCAAGAGAAGCAGGAAGCUGAAGAACGGGAACGAGCCGCUGCAGAAUCGGCCGCACAAACCCAAACUGAAAUUCCUACCCAUCUCCAAGUCGAACAGAAUGGCCGUGGAGAUCCGGAAGCCAUGGAGGGCAUAGAGACGUCUGAUGAAGGCGCAGCUCCAACAGACAACGAGUCAGUCGGCGCGCAUACACGGGCUUUUACUACUAUUAGAGGCGAACAAGUUGAUAUCACAGAGCUGGGUAUCGACCCUGACUACCUAGAGGCGCUCCCCGAAGAAUUUAGGGAAGAAGUCAUUGCUCAGACAGUCAGCACGCGUAGAGCACAAGCUCGGGAGGCGCCCGGGGCCUCGGGGGAGCAGACAGAAGUAUUCCAGGAAUUCUUGGAGGCCCUACCCGAAGAUCUCCGCCGGGAAAUAGUACAACAGGAGCUAGCGGAACAGCGCCGACGAGAGCGCGAGGAGACACGACGACAGACAGCCGAACCUCAAGAUAUGGAUACGGCGAGUAUAUUGAUGACUUUCCCCCCUGCUCUCCGUGAGCAAGUCCUCAUGGAUCAAGGCGCCGAUAUUAUCGAUUCCUUGCCGCCUGAUUUAGCAGCUCAAGCACGACGGCUUGUGCGGUCAUCCAACCCCGUCGUGCACAACGAUAGAGCGUCUUCCGGUGCUAGCCGCCCGCGAGAUAAUGCGCAAAUUGGGGCAACCACUGAUAGAGACAAGCCUCACAGAAAGACAGUCGUGCAAAUGCUGGACAAGCCCGGUGUUGCCACCCUGCUUCGCUUAAUGUUUAUCAACAUGAAGGGUGGGUCUAUCGAGACCUCUCUGAAGUAUUUAUUCAAAGACGUCUGCGAAAAUCGACAGACCCGAUUUGAAGUCGUCAGCACUCUACUCCAGAUUCUGCAAGAUGGCUCAACAGAUGUAGACGCUGUUGAGCGCAGCUUCGCUCAACUCUCGAUUAAGGCGAGGCAACCUAAGGAGAAGGAUGCGAAGAUCCAGGCACUUCAAGGUCUGAAGCGUACCUCCACGAACAUCAGCAGCGGUAAUCCAAUCCAGGCAGGCUCGGAGACGUCUCCACUACUGAUCGUUCAACAAUGUCUUGAUCUGCUCUGUUACCUAGCGGAUCAAAAUGUCCAUGUUCCGUCACUGUUCCUUACAGAACACGAGGCAGUCAACUCGAGUGUCAAGCGCAGUCUCGGUCGUAAGGGCAAGGCUAAAGAUACGAAGGCCCACAAAUACGCCAUCAAUUCACUGCUCGCUCUCCUUGAUCGUGAGCUCCUCUUGAGCAGAAAAGAGGCCGCCGAAGCUAUUAAGAACCUAGAUUCUCAGACUGCAGAUGUAACGGAGUCUUCGGGCACAGUCGUACCUGCAGAUUCCGGUGCGACAACAGCUAACAUCCCAGAUUCUACGCAGAGUGGAAAUGCAGAUGGGUCAGAACGAUUGGAAGGCCGGUCUCCGAGCGGACCUGUGGAAGCAUCGGAAUCCGCACCCACAAUCGCUUCGGUUACCGAGGCAGAAUCAUCAAAGACAGAGAAGCAAUCAGGAAUGAAGAGAAUGAAGCAACUCCACCCACCCAUCAUACCGGACCACAAUCUGACCCUUAUCAUCAACAUAUUUGUAGCCCGGGAGUGCAGCUCCAAGACCUUCAAGGAGACUCUUUCGACCAUCAAGAAUCUUUCCGUCAUACCUGGCGCAAUGUUGGUCUUUGGUGAGGAGCUCGCUCGCCAAGCCCAGCUACUCAGCGAAAAGAUCGUCGUUCACCUAGAUGACUUGCUACCACAUAUUCAAAACGCGGCUUCGGGCACGGAGAUUCAGGGGGUUGCCUUGGCCAAAUUCUCACCAGGCGCUUCAGACCAGAACAAACUUCUCCGAGUUCUCACAGCCCUCGAUCAUUUAUUUGCCCAGAAGAAGGCGGAUUCAACGGAGGGUGUUGAAUUGACCGAUGAUGCCAGAAAGCAAGAUUUGCUCGCCACUCUCUACCGCAAUGCAACCUUCAACGCUCUGUGGGAGAAACUCAGCGCCUGUCUAAGCGCAAUUCGCCAACGGGAGAGCCUACUGAACGUGGCAACUAUUCUACUCCCUCUGAUCGAGGCCCUUAUGGUAGUCUGCAAGGAUACCGCGCAAAAUGAGGCCCAGACGUCUCAGGGCCAAAUUAGCAAGGACAUAGUGCUGUCCAGUCCCCAGCCAGAGUCGCAGUUGGCCACUCUAUUCUUCACGUUCACGGAGGAACAUCGUCGGAUCCUCAAUGAGCUUGUUCGCAACAAUCCAUCUCUCAUGAAAGGCACCUUUUCGCAUCUCGUCAAAAACCCGAAGGUCCUGGAGUUCGACAAUAAACGCAAUUGGUUCAACCGUAGUGUCCAUAACAAGCAGCACCUCACUCAGCGGCCCCAUCCUUUAUUGCAGUUGCAGGUUCGCCGAGAACUUGUUUUCCACGAUUCUUUCAGGUCACUCUACUUCAAGACAGGCGACGAAAUGAAGUUCGGCAAGCUCAGCAUUAGAUUCCACGGUGAAGAAGGCGUGGAUGCCGGAGGCGUUACCAGAGAAUGGUUUCAAGUUCUCGCACGCCAGAUGUUUGACGCCAACUAUGCUUUGUUCGUACCAGUCUCGAGUGACCGGACAACAUUUCACCCAAACAAGCUCAGUGGAAUCAACGACGAGCAUCUCAUGUUCUUCAAGUUCAUUGGGCGGAUCAUCGGCAAAGCUUUGUACGAAGGUCGCCUGCUUGAUUGCUACUUCAGCCGCGCAGUCUACAAGCGAAUCCUAGGAAAACCUGUUUCGGUCAAGGACAUGGAAUCCUUUGAUCCUGACUACUAUAAAUCUCUCUCGUGGAUGCUAAGCAACGACAUCACAGACAUCAUCACGGAGACUUUCUCGGUUGAGGACGACGAGUUUGGCGUCACUAAGAUCCACGACCUCAUCGAGAAUGGGCGUAACGUACCAGUCACAGAGGAAAACAAGCACGACUACGUGCGCCUAGUGGUGGAGCAUAAGCUCCUCACUUCAGUCAAGGACCAGAUGGAGAACUUCCUGAAAGGCUUCCACGAAAUCAUCCCCGCCGAGCUUAUCUCCAUCUUCAACGAGCAAGAGUUAGAGCUGUUAAUCUCUGGCCUGCCGGAUGUUGACAUUGACGAUUGGAAGAGCAAUACCGAAUACUCGAACUACACACCGUCAUCUCCUCAAAUCCAGUGGUUCUGGAGAGCGCUGCGUUCAUUUGACAAGGAGGAGCGCGCCAAACUUCUUCAGUUCGUAACCGGAACCAGCAAAGUUCCGCUCAACGGCUUCAAAGAGCUGGAGGGCAUGAACGGAAUUAAUCGGUUCAAUAUCCAUCGCGACUACGGUAACAAAGACCGUCUUCCAAGUUCCCAUACAUGCUUCAACCAACUUGAUCUUCCCGAGUACGAGAGUUACGAUAUUCUUCGCCGACAACUCAUCAAGGCUAUCACAACCGGCAGCGACUACUUCGGGUUUGCCUGA